ACACAGCGGCUUUGACCUCCUGAUGAUACCCAGUUUGAGCGUUACCUGCCGCUGCCCACUAUGACCUACCUGGCUCACACCGGCCACGCCCAGCUCGGUGCCCUCUCGCUCAGCUGCGUGGGCUGGACACUCACCGCCAUGGCCCUUGGACUCAUCCAGUGGAGGGUGUGGCUGGUGUCUGACAUGGAGGUCAUCAGCUCUGGAGUGGCCUGGGUGGGCGUCUGGCGGGCCUGCUUCAACAGCCACACCCUCGUGACCCCUGCUUUUAGGGUCAUGCACUGCAGGUACAUCGGCCUGACCGAGGCCUUCACGCCGCCGGAGAUCGUGGCAGGUCAGGUUCUCAUGCUCCUCUCUCUGCUCGUGGGGCUUUGUGGGAAUGCUGGCGCGGUGUAUGCCUUGAGGAACGUGUACUCUGGGAUGGACAAGAACUUCCCAAUUCACUUGACAUUCUUCACCACCGGCGCGCUGUGCCUGAUGGCCGCCACGAUGUCACUCAUACCUCUCCUGUGGAACCUGAGCUCGGUGGUGACCAAUCAGACCAUAAGGUUCCCCCCGGAGUUUAAAAUGCCCCAGGCUCCUGAUUCUCAACAUGUAGGGUGCGGCAUCGGGAUCGGGAUGGUGGGGGCGGUCCUUAUGACUGUCUCUGGGGUUAUUUUCUGUAUGUACAGGUUACCAGUGAGGUCGCAGCACCUGGACGGGUCGUCACCUGCACUACCUGACGGCAGGGGGAAAGACAACCCGGCGUUUGAGUCUCACGAGCACCGACUCGUGCACGUGAAGGAAGCUCAUCUUUAAAAUAUGAAGUUUCGUUUGCAAACUGAGAUUACAUCGAAGAAAGAAAAGAGACUUGUGGUCCUACCCAUGGACAGACGAUGGGAACAAUACGCUGGACUAACUGUCCCGACUGAAAGCUGUAUAAUAAUAAUAUCUAGAUGUUUGCAGUGCUGUUGUAUUGACUGGACAGUAACGUUUGUGAAACAUUACAAGCAUAAUCCUCUAAAUAUACAUGAAGGAUACCAGGUGUCACCUUUCAGUUCCUGGAGAAGCUACGAUUUCUUUGUAUCUUUGCAUUUAUGAUAAUAAACCUGUUUAUUCUGGAGUAGAA